AUGAAAUCCCCCUGGAAGCCGUCGGAGGGCACUUCGAAGAGGAUCCAAGCCUACUUUUGGGCGGUGGUCCUCUUCGGCCUCAAGGUCGCGAAAUCCCCCCAGCUUUAUGCUGAUCGCGCCUGGGAAGCCUCGCGCAGAUACUUCUUCUCCGUGACUUUUAUCUCGCUGGUGCUUUCGAAAUGCUUUCGCCUCGCCCUACACCACAAAUCUUUAGGGAUCGUGUCCCUCGUCCUCUGGGGCCCCACAUUCUUCUUAGUGGAUAUCGUAGUGAUUCUGGUCGCGUGCCUGUUUACCCGAUGGUUUAAAUCGUGGAUUUUGCGGGAUAUCGCCGCACUAGUGACUGUGUCAUUCAGUGCAGGUGUUUCGUGCAUGGUCGCCGCCAAUAUCUCCUAUUGCUCGCAAAUGGGCUAUGAGAUUCACUGGCGAAAGAGUGCCAAGGGCUUCCAUCAGGACUCUCCCCCUCCCGGUUUUCUCCUAUCCGCAAUCGCCGUUGGUCUGCUCACAGAGGGCUCGAUAUUGAUCAGCGCCUACUUCCUUGCCCCAUAUCUAUUCCGAGUCACUUGGGCUGUUUUGGGUGUAUGGGGCUCUAUCGUCCCCGCUAAGCUUCAUUUCCAGCGUCAAGAGAAAAGCCUCCCCGACCCAGAGACAUACGAGCAGGUUGCUUUGGAUGAUUAUGAGGAUGGACAAAAUGAUGACGACUCUGUGGGUGGGCUAGAUGCUCCCCAGGCUCCUCCUAAGGAAAAGAAGAGCCGGUCAUUACCGUUGCGCAUUCUCGUCAUAGUAUGCAGCUUAACCGUGAUACUAUUCAGUCUGAUCCGCCCACGAGAUAUGGCUUAUAGUUUUUACUCCGAAUCUAUACCUUUCGCGCCUUUUGGUCGUCCGAAACAUCUGCCAUUUGACGAAAGCAUUGCAGCUUUACCAGGCGAUUUCAGCUGGUUGGGGAAUAGGACCGCCCUGGACACAUUCCCUACCUUUGAAUGGUUAAAAAUGUUCGACUCUCCAGAUACGUCGGCGUUCUCUCCUUUCCAGGUGAACGGGUACGAAGACACGAUUCACAAGGAGAACUUUUUCGAGGAACACUACAAUCCGUUGAAGGACCCUCUUCACACGCCAAACCUUGAUAAAAAGAUUCUGGACUCUAUCAGUGGGGCCCUUCACAGUGGAGAUGUUAAGAUCAAGCAUAUUGUUCUCCUCAAAUUAGAGAGUAAUCGACAAGACGUGUGGCCCUUCCGCACUGAUUCCCUCAUCAUGGAUCUGAUCAAAGACUCUUAUAAGGGCGUCGUUCCUGAUGAGGUCGAAGCAAGACUCGCCAAUAUUACCCCCACAGCUGAGCGAUUGACCGGGUUCAAGACGGGUUUCAACAAGGAAUCCGCGCCUGUCAAGCCAUAUGGUGGUAUCAGUGCAAGCAAUGCUUACACUGCCGGUACCUAUACAUUGAAGAGUAUCACUGGUAGCGUUUGUGGAAUGAACCCCAUGGCCGUCGAAGGCAAUAUGGAAUACUACCACGACUUAUACCAGCCAUGUCUGCCCCAGAUAUUGAAGGCAUUGAAUCAGCAACCCGAUGUCUCCAGCCAGGCGGACGAUUGGACUUCCUGGCCAUGGUACUCAAGUUGGAUGCAAGCUAACUCUGAUGGCUGGGAUAAACAAGGUCUGCUUACCCCACGUUUGGGAUACGACAGUAUCCUCUCGAAGACAGCAAUCAACGAAGCUGGUGGUAAAUACGUACCAGAAGAAAACGAGCGAGAGGAGAAAUACGGACAUGAGGACAAAAUGCUGAAGAAUCAUAUCCGAGAUCUUUUCGCCGAUGCUGAGAAGAAUAACACUCGCGUAUUCCUCACCCACAUGACGCAUGAAACACAUACUCCUUGGUUCAGACCUGGUGACUACGAAAGCUAUGAUGAGUAUAUGGGUGGCGCGUCGGACGGACGUAACAAGCAGAUCAAUGGAUAUCUCAAUACCAUGCACUAUCAAGAUGAGUGGGUGUCCGACAUUAUGGGAGUUCUGGAGGAUGCGGGUGUCGCCAAUGAAACUCUCCUCAUUAUGGCCGGCGACCAUGGUAUCUCUCUUCCCAACGACGGUGGUAUUACAGCAAACCACGAUCCACACGUUGCUAAUUUCCACGUUCCUCUUCACUUUUCGCACCCCGGUAUCCCCCAGAUCGAGGUCAGCGAUGCAGUCAUCUCUACCCAAAUUCUCCCCACCCUCCUUGAUCUCCUUAUCGAGACAUCUUCUAUGAAUGACCUUUCGACACAAAUCCUCAAGGAUCUGCUUCCUCUAUAUGAAGGCCAAUCAAUGCUUCGUCCGCUCAUCCCAGAGCAUGAUGGAAAGCAGGAAUGGCAUUUCUCUACUAUGAACCCCGGUGGCACAUGGGUCUCGAUGCGCUCAGCCCCUGAGCCAUACCGUCUCAUCGUGCCGCUCAUUCCUGAUGCACCAUGGCGAUUCAGCGAUAUCGUCACCGACCCAUUGGAACUCCACGUCGCCGAAGACCUCGACAUUCUUACUCUAGUAGAAAUUGUUCAGGUGCGACACGGCUCCCAUGCGGCUAAGUGGGUGAACGAAGCCGCGCACGUGGGUCAAUGGUGGAUUAAAGAGAACCAUCGCCGCUGGGGCCACGAUCCUGUAGCGGAGAAGAAAAAGGACGAUGACGCUUAA